AUGACCAUGAAUAAUGCAACAAAAAAGAAACCCACAAAACUCGAAGAAUUGACUAAGGAACAAAUUCGUCAAGCAAUCAUAAAAAAACGAGAAUGCAAUGCAAAAGCUCAGCAAAUAGUCGAAAGCUUAUUAGAGAAGUGCAUCAAUGAAGCAUACUUGCUUAAAUGUCUACCGGAUAUUAACCAGAGUCAUUUCGAAGACGUGAUAGAAGAGCGAGCUAUUAUACACCUUUGCGGAUUUCCACUGUGUCAAAAAGCAAUUUCUCCGAAAGAUAUACCAAAACAAAAGUACAGAAUUUCAAUGAAAACAAACAAAGUCUAUGAUAUAACUAGUCGUAAAAGUUUCUGCAGCAACAUUUGUUAUAAAUCUGCUAUGUACAUAAAAAAACAAAUGCUGACCAGUCCACUUUGGUUCAGAGAGUAUGAAGAAGUUCCAAAAUUUUAUAUUUUACCUGAUGAUACUAUAAGUAGCCUCGGACAAGAAAUUGAUCUAAAGUUAAUUGAGCAGAUUGAUCUUAACUCUGAAUCAAAGCCAUUUACAUCUAUUGAUGAAUUUACUACUGCUAGCCUAUCAGAAUUACAAAUUAAAGACAAAAAUAAUACAGAAGAUAUUAAAGAAUGUACAAGUGAAAAACCUAUUAAAAAACCAUUAGAAAAAAAAUGUGUUACAUCCCAGUUGAAGGACCAGAAUGUACCAGAAAACAAGACAGACCCAUUACCAAAUAAUUUAUUAGCUAUUAAGGAUUCAAAUAUACAUAUUCAACUUCCUCCCACAACCAAUAUGAUGGAGAGAAAUAAUCAAUUACCAGUGCCAAACCCACUAAACAUUAUUGGUGAAAUAAUUGAAAAACCGGAAAAGAAAAUUGAUCCAAUACUUAUAAAUGUACCAACAGAACUAAGAAAAGAGAAACUGAAACCUCAAGAGACUAAAGCCUUUUCAAAGAAACAGGUUUCAGUAACAGCAAUAACAAUUGAAGUUGAGAAGUGUUUAGCUGAAUGGUUUACUUUGGAUUCCCUCCUUUUUCUAUUUGGAGAGGAAAAAGUAAAAGAAUUAGUAGAAGAUAAGGGAGAAAUUAUAAAAGAAUAUUUAAAAAACCAAGCACAAGGCAUUUUUCACAAAUCAAACUUGUAUGAUCAGUAUCAAGCUCUUUGCCGAAAGUUAAAUAUGUUAGAAUUAGAAGAUAAGAAGUAUGAUGCUCAAAUGUAUGCAAAAGAAAUGAAACCUUUGCCUGAUUACAGAAUUUUAAAGGAAGAAAGCAAAAAACUUCAGUUGAAGGUAAAAGCCUUCUUUGCUGGUGAAACUGAAAUACCUGUCAAUAAUUCUACUACUGAAACAACUGAGGUUGUUAAAGCUGUGGAAGACAAUGUUAUACAGUUACCAUUAGUGGAUAGGAAUGCACAAAAUGCAUUACGGCGAGGUAUUGUGUGUCAACAUCUAAAUAAAGUAUUGCCAGAUUUAUUGAGAUCUCUAGGGUUAUUGACAUUAUCUGUAAGUGCUGAUGUGCGAUUGCUUGUUAACACAUUUCAAUUAAAAGCAAAUAACAUAAUGUUUAAACCAAUACAGUGGACCCUAAUAGCCAUUAUUUUUAUAAAACUGUUAUCGUUAAGGGAUGGUAGGUUGGCAUACUUAUUGAAGCAAUCAAUGGCUUUUCAGCAUAUGCAAUUAUUAUUAUUGAGUUAUCAACAAGAUGGAGGUUACUUAGAUAGAUUGGUAUUGUGGCUAACUGAUGUUGAUAGAUUAUUAGAUGUAAGUAAUAAGCAAUUGACUAUUUAG